AGUGACGCUGCCAUGUGACGUGCUUCACACGGUCAGGCAGACAGACUAUGGCGUCCGGCGCGGACCAAGAGCGGCAGCUGCGCUUUUACAGGGAGCUUCCUAAAGUGGAGCUGCACGCCCACUUGAAUGGCUCCAUCAGUUCUGUUACUAUGAAGAAACUUCUGACUCAGAGACAAUAUCUUCAAAUCCAUAAUGGAAUGACAAUGAUUGACAAGGGGAAGAAAAGGACUUUAGAAGAAUGUUUUCAGAUGUUUAAUAUCAUUCAUCGGAUUACCAAUAGGACUGAAGAUAUAUUAAUGGUAACUAAAGAUGUUAUUAAAGAAUUUGCUGCCGAUGGUGUCAAGUAUCUGGAGUUAAGGAGCACACCUAGAGAGGAAAAAGGCACUGGCAUGAUGAAAAGGACAUAUGUGGAAGCUGUACUUGAAGGAAUAAAACAGUGCAAAGAGGAGGAUUUGGAUAUAGAUGUCAGGUUUUUAAUAGCAAUAGAUAGAAGAGGUGGACCUAUCGUUGCCAAGCAAACUGUUAAACUUGCUGAAGAGUUCCUCCUUUCCACCGAUGGGAUUGUGGUAGGGCUUGACCUCAGUGGUGAUCCCACUGCAGGACAUGGCAAAGAAUUUUUUGAACCCCUUUUCGAAGCGAAAAAGGCAGGUCUGAAACUGGCAUUGCAUCUUUCAGAGAUCCCAAAUAAAGAAGAGGAGACCAAAAUUCUCCUUGGUUUGCCUCCAGACAGAAUUGGACAUGGUACAUUUCUCAACUCUACAACAGGUUCAGAGGACCUUGUGCAGCUUGUUAGACAGAAUCACAUACCUAUAGAACUUUGUAUGACGUCAAACUUCAAAAGUCAGACUGUACCUUCCUGUGACAAACACCAUUUUGGAUACUGGUACAACAUGGGCCACCCUACUGUACUUUGUACUGAUGAUAAAGGUGUCUUUGCAACGGAUCUGUCUCAGGAGUACCAUAUGGUUGCUAAAACAUUUAAUCUGACGCCGGCACAGAUAUGGGACCUCUCCUAUGAAUCAAUCAACUAUAUCUUUGCUUCAGACAGUGUAAAAUUGAAGCUAAAGGAACAAUGGCAUAAACUGAAACCAAGUCUGCUAAGUAAUUAAACUAUAGUUAUAAAUAGAUGAAAACAGAAUAUAGUAGCUCAGUUAAUAAGGAUGAUCCGCCUAAGCGAUUCUGUAUUUGGCCUUUUAAAUUUUUAUACAAACAUAGGGUCCAGUCCUGCAGCCUCUGAUUAUAUGAGUUAAGGGCUACAGGAACAGACCCUUAUUUAACCAGGAUGAGAGAGAAGUUCCUUUCCACACUUUGUCUGAAAAAAUCUGUGAGUGAGUAAAAUUCCAGAUUUUUCAUGUACUAAAUACUAUAUUCACUGUAGAGAAACUACUUUUUUUAAUUACCUACUCGUUCAUAAGACGAAUUUUUUUAGUAAAAAAGGGAAGCAUCAGAGAAGGUGGUCAGCUUAUGAACGGGUAUAGAGGGGGAGAGGUG